AUGUUCAAGCUCGCUCGCAGCAGACCAAUUGCUGCUGCCUUCAGGGCCGCGACGAUGACCGUUACUGACGCCAAACUUGCACCCCAGGAGUCCUCCGUUCAGAGCAGACUGGCUCUGCAGCAAAAGCGCAACCUCUCUAUCCACGAAUACUUGUCCGCCAGGCUCCUCAAGUCGUACGGUGUUGGUGUCCCCAAGGGCGAGGUUGCUCGCACUCCCGAAGAGGCUGAGGCUGUUGCGCGGUCGAUCGGUAUGCAUGGCCUGCCUGUUUUCGACGCGCGCCCGGCUAACAGGGGAUAA